AUGAUGGAACUUCGCGAGCUGCUCCUCCGUUGGAAUCUUCCUCAUUCACUCUCUCUGCACCCUACAUUUUAUCAAACACCACUGCCUAUUCUUGGACUCUAUACACUCUUUGGCACUAUUAUCGCUUACUCUAUCGCUAAGAUGUUCGGUUUCGGAUCUCGAAACGAGUUCGCCGUUGAAGGCCAGACGGUUGUCCUCACUGGUGGCUCUGAUGGCAUGGGCAAAGCCGUCGCAACUCAACUAGCUGCGAAAGGUGCAAAUGUGAUCGUGGUUGCACGCACGGUUACAAAGCUUCAGGCUGCGGUUGAUGAAAUGAAGGCCAAUGCGGCAAACUCUCACAAGCAGAGAUUCCACUAUAUCAGCGCCGAUCUCACAGAUCCCAAUGAGUGUGAUCGAGUCAUCUCGGAAGCCACGACUUGGAACGCUGGAACCGCUCCUGACAUCGUCUGGUGCUGCGCAGGCUUCUCCCGCCCAGGCUUCUUCAUCGAUGUGCCCAUCAAAGAGCACAAGCAGCAGAUGGACACCAUCUACUGGACUGCCGCCAACACGGCCCAUUCCACUCUUCGAAACUGGCUCGCCCCUGUUGAACCCAGCGGCCAGAUGAAGUUCUCUCGGAGACAUCUCAUCUUCACCUGCUCCACACUUGCAUUCGUCCCCGUCGCUGGCUACUCGCCAUACUCGUCUGCCAAGGCAGCCAUCCGCUCGCUGUCCGAUACUCUCAGCCAAGAAAUCGAGAUGUACAACGGAGCAUUCUCUCAGCGACACCACAGCAAGGCCCCGGCUGCCGAUGUCAAGAUCCACAACAUCUUCCCAAUGGGAAUCACCAGCCCCGGCUUUGACAACGAGCAGAAGAUCAAGCCUGACUUGACCAAGAAGCUGGAGGAGGCUGACAAGCCUCAGACCCCCGAGGAGGUCGCAAAGAUCUCUAUCGCUGCCCUGGAACGGGGCGAGUAUCUUGUCACCACCAACCUUAUCGGCGCGUUCAUGAAGGGUACUGCGCUUGGGCCCAGCCCCCGAAACAGCAUCAUCGGUGACACCCUGCUCAGCUGGCUCAGCAAUCUCGUGUUCCUGCAGGUUAUUCCGGAUCUUCGUGGCAAGGCAUAUGCGUGGGGAAAGAAGAACGGGCUUCCCGAAAAUUCCCCGCGAUCAUAG